AUGCCCCCUGUCGAUAACAAGAACGAUGCUGGAUCAAAGCAGCCCCACAAUGUUGUAAUCAUUGGUUCUGGCCCAGCAGGUCACACUGCUGCUGUUUACCUGGGUCGUGCAAACCUAGAACCAGUUAUGUUUGAGGGUUUCCUUGCAAACGGAAUUGCUGCGGGUGGUCAGCUCACUACUACUACAGAUGUGGAAAACUAUCCUGGCUUUCCAGAUGGUAUUGGCGGCUCGGAGAUGAUGGACAAGUUCCGUGCUCAGUCCGUACGCUUCGGAACUGUCAUUCACACGGAAACAAUCUCCAAGGUUGACCUCUCUAGUCGUCCUUUUAAGCUAUGGCGUGAAGGCCAUGAAAAUGAGGAACCCGAGCUUGCAAAGGUAAUUAUCGUCGCCACGGGUGCCUCCGCACGUCGUAUGCACUUGCCAGGUGAAGAGACGUAUUGGCAGAACGGUAUUAGUGCUUGCGCUGUAUGUGACGGUGCCGUCCCAAUUUUCCGUAACAAACCAUUGGCUGUUGUGGGUGGCGGUGACUCAGCUGCAGAGGAGGCUACAUAUCUCACUAAAUACGCAAGCCAUGUUUAUGUUCUUGUGCGUCGUGAUGAGCUGCGCGCAAGUAAAAUUAUGGCCAAGCGUCUUUUGUCUCACCCCAAAGUCACGGUGCUUUUUAACACUGUGGCCACAGAGGCUAAAGGUGACGGAGAACUACUUAAUGCUGUUCACAUUAAAAACAAUCAGACAGGUGAAGAAAAGGACCUUCAGGUGAACGGCCUUUUCUAUGCCAUUGGCCACAUCCCAGCCACGUCUGUGUUUAAGGGACUGGUAGACCUGGAUGAAGACGGCUACAUGCUGACGAAGCCCGGUACGUCGCUGACUUCCGUGCAUGGUGUCUUUGCCGCUGGUGAUGUUCAAGACAAGAAAUAUCGCCAGGCUAUUACAUCUGCUGGCAGUGGUUGUAUUGCUGCCCUGGAUGCUGAACGCCUCCUGGCUGAAGAAGAGGCAGAAGGUGCUUAG